CCAAAUGUUCCAUUGCAUUCUCAGAAAAUGAAAAUAUAGAUCCAUCAUCAUCGUUGUCAUCUUGGCCAUGACAUUGUCGUGCCAUUAUUAUUAAAAUCGUUAGACACAAAUUGAUUGGCCACAUGUUUGAGUUUUUCCAAUUUCAAUCAUUCUGUUUAUAAUUUACAUCAUCAUCAUCAAUCAUCAAAACAAAUUAAAUAAAAAAAAAAUCAAAAAAAAAAAUCCAUUUUUUCAAACAUGCGCGUUAGUAACUCACGUAUCACAAUGAAUUGCAUUUUGUCGAUGCACACAUUAGAUUAAAGUCACAAGUCACAUUGCAACAUAAAAAAUAUAAAAAAUAUGAUGACUAGCUCAAAACUGUAUCCAUUUGUUGUAGUCUCAAUAAACUGAACACAACAUUAUGACCAUGUCUGCAGUAUGCUCACACCUACUGCAAAAACAUGGCAAAAUUUUGAUUCUUUCAUUCCAUUUAGCAACUCUAAUCUAAUUAUUAUUAAAUUAAUUUUUUCAUUUCAAUUGAGCUAUGCGGAAAGAUAAACUGUUUCACUUUUGAAAUUGCUCUUUUCUAAUCUUGCAACUCUGAUCAAACAAUGUCCAAUUCUGAUGUGAUUACUGCAUCCGGUGCCGUUGAUCCACCACCACCGACAACCGGCAAUAAUGAUGAACAACAGCAGCAGCAGCAACAACAACAACAACAACCACGUACUUGGUCAAUGAUUAAAAGUCUGGUGAUGCGAGCGUUGUUUUUCUAUUUCAUCAUGUCAAUGUUUCGCAAACAGCCAACGAAAACACCACCCGAUUCCGGUGCUGGUGGCGGUAGUGGUGUAAAUAUGCCAAGUCACGGUUCAAAUCUUUAUCCAAACGGCACUCACAUGGAUCUCUUUCUAUACAUUAAUGAAAAUAAAUAUGGUCCAGAUUUCGACGAUUCUAGUCAAUUGGUUUGGUUCAAACCUGAUCUUAUCUAUGGUGAUUGGCUCAGUGGUCCCACUGGUAAUGGUGAAUACAUUGAGCAAGUGAAUGUCAAUUUAUCGCCAAAUGUUCAAAAUAAUGGUUCACUAUGGUUGCACAUAAUUGUCGUGCCGAAUGGAGCAAGUCCGAAUGCCAAGGAUCGAGAUAACCAUAAUCCAGUGUAUACGAUACAAAAAAGCAAACAAUUGAAUCGAUACAAGAAACGAUCGUAUAAAAAAACACACAACCUAUUGACCGGACAGACUGCAGCCACCGAAGAAGAACAAGCCAAAAUCAAACAAAACAUUCGACACGAAAUUCUCUCUCAUUGGCAUCCAAAUCUGACCAUCAAUCUCAUCGAUGAUCAUACACCGUGGACUCGUGGUCAGGUUCCAGCUCCAUUACAGGAGUACAUUGAAUUCGAACCGAUAAGUGGCAAAUAUUAUCCCAUCAUAUACAUUAACGAUUACUGGAAUCUGAUGCGUGAUUAUCAACCGAUCAAUGAGACCGUUUCGAACAUUACGUUUCGGUUCACAUAUCAGCCACUGUCGUUGUUCAAAUGGCAAAUGUACACCGCUCAAUCGAUGCGUAACAAAUGGACUUCGUUGAUGGGUCAUGAUGCCAAUGAACAAGACGACGAUGAACAGGAUUUGUUAAAGGAGACCUUUCUGGAAACAUCACCCAUUCUGCUCGGACUGACUGUCGUUGUUUCCAUAACCCAUUCAGUAUUUGAGUUUCUUGCAUUCAAAAAUGACAUACAAUUUUGGCGAAAUCGUCGUUCACUAGAAGGGCUUUCCGUUCGAUCCGUAUUCUUCAACGUAUUUCAAUCGCUCAUUGUAUUGCUGUAUGUAUGCGACAAUGACACAAACUUUAUGAUUCGUAUUAGCGUCCUGAUCGGUUUGGUCAUUGAAUUGUGGAAGAUUAAAAAAGUGGUCAACAUUGAACGUGUGGACAACGAGAAAUGGUUCGGUUUGUUUCCUAAAUAUCGCAUCACCGAUAAAGGGUCGUAUGUUGAAUCAUCAACCAAACAAUACGACAUGCUGGCAUUCAAAUAUCUGUCAUGGAUCCUGUUUCCAUUAUUCGUCGGUUAUGUCAUUUAUUCGCUCAUUUACAAUGAACACAAAGGCUGGUAUUCUUUCAUAUUGAACAUGAUUUAUGGAUUCCUACUCACAUUCGGUUUCAUAAUGAUGACACCACAAUUGUUCAUCAAUUAUAAACUCAAAUCUGUGGCUCACCUUCCAUGGCGAAUGUUGACUUAUAAAUUCCUCAAUACAUUCAUCGAUGAUAUAUUUGCCUUUGUCAUCAAAAUGCCCACAAUGUAUCGUCUUGGAUGUUUCCGUGAUGACAUUAUUUUUCUCAUCUACGUUUACCAACGAUGGAUAUAUCGAGUCGAUCAAAGCCGUGUCAAUGAAUUCGGUGUAAGUGGUGAAGAAUUGGCUCAAGCCGAACACCAACAGCAGCAACCACAACAACAAACACAAACACAAAUCGAACAGAAUGGCAAUGUUCUAGCCGUAGGUGACGAUGAUGAUGGUGAUGGCGGCCAUCAUGUGGGUGAUACAGAAUCGAAAAAAGACAAAUGAUACACCCCCACCACCUACACAUUCGAACCAAACAAUAGAUUGUCCAAAAACUCAAUUGUAAACAAUAUUGGAGAGUGAUAAUUUUGCAAUUAAAAAGUUUUUAUUAUUUCAAA